AUGUCCGGCUUCAACCCUCUUGUUCAAGGCUGGGAUACCCAGUCGGCCUACCCAACGUCGCUCUUUGGAGCUCUUCCUGCCUCUCAGGCUCCGCGUCCGACCACCGUCAUUCGCGACGCGCUCGUCUUUCACAUCACCGACUUUAAGUCGACGAUCCUCAACUCGACAGUUGUGAAUCCGCAGGGUCAAGCUCAGAUGCGCGUCAUCACAGAGCCGAAGCCUGGACGUCCCACGAUCUGGACGGAUACCUCGCGUAGGACGGUCGCCUUCGUGGACUGGGGACACCAGCCUGCCAUUGAGAUUCCGGGUCUCCUGCCCCGUACGGCAGUUCGGGACUGGCUGCGCACCUCGGCUGACAGGAAGUCGCGCUUCAUGGCAUUGCGCGGGGUGAACUACUUCUGGGCGCCCGAUGGACCGAGCAUUUGUCUGUGGAUGCCGCAGGGGAAUACGUCCGUAUUGCUUGCGCGCGUCGGGAGGUCGCAGAGCGGUGCGGCUCUCGAGAUGACUCGGCAGGCGAUGCAGUAUGGUUUGCUUGAGGCGUGUGUGGUGGCGUCGACGCUCUUCCUUUCCGGCGUGCCUCUCGAUUGA